AUGGCGGACGUCUACUAUUUCAACAGUCCGCGCAAAUUUGCCACCGUCGCAAAGUAUCGUCCGUCGUUGAGGUGUAAGCCCAAGCCGAGAAGCGCCAAAAAGCGACGACCCGAGGAUAUUAACGACAUGUUCACACAACGGACAUGUGUAGCUCGCAUUGACGAGCAACUGUUCUGCACCAACACAUCAAGUCUGUUUGUCCCGGGAAGUUUGACAUGUGCUGCAUCGUUUGACGCACAAACACCUACGACGGCAAGACCGACUUACGACUCUGAAGACGCCUCUGAUGAAGAAGAUGAUGAUGAAGAAGAACAAGAAGAAGAGGAAGACGAAGAACAAGACGAAGACGACGAAACUGGUGGGGUACCAAUCGUAUCUUCGAAUGAUUGUAACGACGACAUGAUUGUUGACCAAGUGCUUAAUGAACAUAUUUUACCCGGUUUGCCCGAUGGAAGGUCUCGGUCAGACAUAGGACCUGCACCGGCCAAUGUUUCUUUCUUAUCAAGGACUUACCAUCCAAGGCCAGAGUCGAGAGAGAUGUGGGAGGAGGAAGAUGGACGCAGAAUGCGCUUGGCUUUGGAUGGCGACGGACCUCAGGAAGUGCCUCAAUUUGAAAUGCCAUUUCAAGCCAGCAACCAUCAGGAUGUGGACCAGGAUCCCACGGUGCUUUCUCGUCCAUCCACGAGAACUGCCUCCAUUUCAAGCUCAGCACCAAGCCUUCGCUUUCCGUCACGACGUCCGUCUCGCGAUGCACUAUCAUUGCUUGGCGCGUCUUCAAUCUCGUAUAUACCCAGUGCGAGCGAGAUUGAGUCCGCGCGCCAGCUUGUUGAGAGCCGCAAUUUACAGGAUACGCCACUGGACGAUGAAAACCUCGCUGUUGAUGACCCACAGCGGGCCUACGACGUUGCCGACUUCGUAGACAAUUGGCGUCUGCGUGCGCUUCGGGAUAGGCGCCUACCAAGUUUCCAGUCGGGAUCUCAGCCCUCAAUGCGCCAUCGAUCAGCUCCUGAGCAAAUCACCAGGAGAGACAUGGUCUCGAGCGAUGUUGAUAUGCAAGGCAUCCGGUGGCAGCCUGAGGGCACAUCUAGAGAUCAGGCUGCUGCUGCCCGAGCUAUGUUACAUCCUUCUGGGUCGGGAGCUGUCAGAAUGGCACAUCGAAAAGGAGCCGAUGUUCCUGUUGGUAGCGAAGACGAGCGGCACUACCAAUUCCGCGCAUUCGUGCCGGAACAUCGAGCCAAAUUCAACCAUUACCAACUGCGCAAUGCUUUKGCAGCUAGCAGUCGGAACGAUAUAUUCUACUCCACAGGCAGCAAAGUUAUGCGUGCAUCGCUAGCUUGUCCAACGCUUAGUGAGACCGUGAUGGACCUGCCUAGACCUUGCCAGCGGGCUGGAGGGUUCCGUGUCACUUGUCUAUCUGCUUCUUCUCGCUCUUCUAUAUCGCCCCAUCAAGCAGACACAGUACUAUUCGCUGGUGGCUUCAAUGGAGAGUACGCAAUACGAAACCUGAGCAGUAAUGACAGAACCCACACCGAAGGCGAAGUCACUUCUUGCUACAACGGACUCGUUACCCAUAUCCACAAUUACGCGGACCGGCGUUCAGGCCUACUAAAGGCAGCUUUCUGCUCCAACGACCGCAAGUUGCGCUUGAUGGAUGUGCGCAGUCUCGAGUUUACCAACACAUUCUCCUACGACUACUCCAUCAACUGCUCUGCCACUUCUGCAGAUGGUCGCUUGCGAGCGCUGGUUGGCGAUAGUCUCGAGACCUUGAUCACAGAUGCCGAGCAGGGUAAAACGCUAUUCGCUCUUCGGGAACACGCCGACCAUGGCUUUGCAUGCGCGUGGUCACUUGACGGCCGUAAUGUGGCUACAGGAGCUCAGGAUGGCAAAGUUGUCGUUUGGGACACUCGGAACUGGUCGACCCCAGUGAACACACUUCCUAGCUCCAUGUCGUGCGUGAGAUCGCUGAACUUCACUGACACUGGCGCAUUGGUUGUUGCGGAGAAUGACGAUGUCGUCAGAGUGUAUGACGGCGGUAGCUUUGCCAAGUUCCAGGAGAUCCGCUUCUUUGGCUCCAUUGCUGGUGUGGCGCUCAUGGACGGAGGUGCCGAAAUUGCUAUUGCCAAUGCAGACAAUACCGUUGGUGGCUUGAUGUCCUUUGAGAGGUCACCGCAGGGGAUGAACAACGGGAGCUACGGAAUGCUGAUCCCGGGUGGUGUCUGUAGGGGAGGAUGGAGGCGGAGAAAGGGGAGGGAUGAGGUGAACUUGAUGUCUGAUGCAGUUGUAUAG